CUGGAAAUACAAGGGUAAAAAUAGCCGUUAGUUUAGCAUGUCAGGGAUCCAGCGAAUGGAAAGGUAGAGUCACUGGGAUUGAGUGACGUCAACUCCGGAGACCGGGAUGCGGAUGCUCUGCGUUACCGGCCAGUGAAGGCAGCUGGGUGGUCGGUGGCAACGGGUCUGGUGGUGGAUGGGUAUCACACUUGAUGUAUGUGUGGUAACAAUAUGUCUUUGCCGCUGCUCGAUGAAGCCGCGACAGUGUCUGGGACAGAACGGGAGACGGCAGUGGUUAUUUUCUUGCAUGGACUUGGCGACAGUGGAUAUGCAUGGGCCGAAUCGCUGUCUUCUAUCCGACUUCCCUAUGUGAAAUAUAUCUGCCCUCAUGCGCCAAAGAUGCCUGUGCAAUUGAAAAACUUUGCAUCAAUUCCAUCAUGGUUUGACUUGACCGGGUUAAGUCCAGAUGAUGCUGAAGAUGAAGCUGGUAUAAAGAAAGCUGCUGACUGCAUUAAAGCAAUUAUCGAUCACGAAAUCAAAAAUGGAAUUCCUUCACAUAGGAUCAUCCUGGGAGGAUUUUCACAAGGUGGCGCACUGUCUCUCUACACUGCUUUAACAAGCCAUCACAAGUUAGGUGGUGUUAUAGCCCUGAGCUGCUGGCUUCCGCUUCAUAAAUCAUUCCCACAGGCAGCAGGCAGCAAUGUUAACAAGGACAUCAGCAUCCUGCAGUGUCAUGGUGAAAUGGAUCCUGUGAUAACACUAAAAUUUGGUUUUAUGACUUUGCAUAAGCUAAAGACAAUCGUCAAUCCAGAAAACAUUCAGUUUAUUACGUACUUAAUGCAGCACUGCACAUGUCAACAGGAAUUGGUGGCAGUGGAAGACUUCAUUGCCAAGCAGCUUCCGCCAGUCUGACUGAGGAUAGCAAAUUGCUAAACCCCACUACUAUUUUAAGUCUCGUCCAAAACUUGAAACCAGUUCAGAUGCAAGCAACCUCAGUUCUUUUAUUGACCACUUUAUUUAUAAUUGUUAAUAUUUUUUUCUACAGUUGCUUUGAGUUGGUGUAUCUU